CUCACUGAAGUGUUAACACUCUGAAUCAUUCAUGUAAAUUUUAUGUAUAAAAUAAAAUCAAUCUCAUUUGUCUCUUUAAAUAAUACUGAGAUGCAUGUGAAAAAUGUUUUGCUUUGCUUCUUAAUCAAAAAGCAAUAACAUAAGUAGAUCAAAAAUUACUUUGUCAUUUAGGGACCUUAAAAGUGUUUCCGAAAUUAUGGAAGCAGGCACAUAUGAGGGCAUUACUCUGCGGGGUAAUACACCUUCGUUGUCAUACAAGAAUGAAAUUCUUAGUGGGCUCAUAGAUGCACUGAAAGAGAGAUUUGAGUUGGGCGUUUCUGAAACGAAUGUUAUGAACUCAACAAGAAUUCUGCACUUUAAGAAUUGGCCAACAGUUGAAAGUCCAGAUUUAGGAGGUUAUAUCAACAAACUUUGUUAAAGUUCUUUGUUGAUGUUUUGUUUUAGUUGACACGUUUUGGUUUUAUUCAAUUAAUCAUAAAUGUUACUGCUUCUGUGUUAUUCAUAUGAAUGUGUUUGUCUGUUUACAAAUUAAUGUAGACUGUAGUGUAAAAGACUUUAUAUUCUUCAACAUACGCAUUCAAUUGAUAUGAAAUCAAGUUAUUAAGUAAACUGGUAAGAUAUGGUUGUUCUGAUAAAGUGCGAUUCGCAUUAUGAUGAUCAUAUACUUUAUAAUUAUGUACAUUAUUUACAAUAACAAUGACACAAUAUAUGCUGUAAUAGUAUUGUGUGACUCUGUAAUUUUAAUAUUCACUUAUUGACUUAACCAUUUGGCAUCACCAUGUACAAAUAAAAGACCUCUGAUUUAUUAUUGUUUAUUUCAUUUCAGUCUUUGCUGAAACAGAAAUAAUGACCAUUGCCAACCAUUACAGCAAAACUCUUCUAAGAGCCAUACCAGAUUUUUCUGUUCAGGAGACCAUGAAUGAGCUCAGGCUUUUCAAGAAAAUUCUCUACAGAAAACAUGGAAGUAAAGUUCAGGAAUUGAAAUGGUGUGAUGCUCAUGAUCCUGAGUUUCCAAUGCUGAUGGCCGUGAUUGAGCUUCUAGGAUGCAUUCCCCCUACAAGCGUCAGCUGUGAGACUACUUUUUCUCACAUGAAACUUGUUAAGACAAGUAGACGAACACGCCUUCAAACCUCUACCCUCAACGAUAUUCUCAUGGUCAAACUUCAAAGUCCACGAGUUACAGAAUUUGACCCUACGUCAUCUAUUGACAAAUGGCUGUCCUUAGCUCUGAAGCCACGUCUGCCAAACUACCAGAGGGCAAAGAAAGCUGGUCAGUCCACCAAUGUGAUUGAUGUGGGAUCCUCCAUUGACAUCACUGAACUUCAAGAUUUGUCAGAAAACACAGACAUAAAUAACAUUCCUGAGAGCAUGGACAAAGACACAACUGAUUCUGAAGCUGAUGAAUUUCAAGGCUCAGCAGAAAACGCAGUUAUGGACAACGACGACAUGUUUGCUCUAGAAGAAAUUUAUGAGUCCAAGGAUGAUGACGAAAACGAUCAUUAUUGUGAUGAAUUUCGAGAUGAACAUGAUAAUUGGGCAUUGAUGUUUGAGCUAGUUAGAGAUUAAAUAAUAAAUAUUGGUGCACUGUCA